AUGAGGCGCGUUGCACUUGCCGGUGCUGCCCUGGCCUUCUGUCUGCCCGCCCAAUGGGUGGCAGAUGCCUCUGCUGCUGUGGCAUGCCUCACGGCUGCGACUGGCCGGCGCCUCGGCGCGUCAGCUCGGCUCGGCGUAGCGAUAGUGGCCAGCGCAACUCGCCUGGACUCAACGCUCAGCCAGGGGCUCCCGCACGCGCUGGCGCGAGUCAUGGCGCAUGCAACGCUCAACAAUGAUCGCCUCGCCUCGCGCAAAUGCGACCGGAUUCAUAGUCAGGGCCGCGUCCAUCAGAGCUCCAGUAAGCUCGGAGACACCCCAUUAGCGCGGCUCGACCUCUUUGAGUCAUUCCUUACCGAGCCGAUCAACAAACAUUUUUUGACCGCGCAAGAUAUAAAGGGUGGCUAA